UUGUCAGGAGCCGAUAAACAAUAUGGCGACGAUCAUUGAUGCGUUUCAUUGUUAUGAUAUCCACGAUACCGGUAUUAGUAACAGACUGUCGAACAUCUGACAAACAAUGAACCUCUGAAUACUAAGUGCCUACCCUCCAGAUGAUUAGCAGCAGUAGUGUAUUGGACCGCUCGCCUGUGUAUAGAGGCUCGUCCCAAUACCAAAACGCAGACUAUUCCAACAAAGCCAAACCGACAAACAUGGACGGGGGUCAACAAAAACUAUCCCGCUUACAACAGAUGCAGAUGCAGUAUCAACAACGGAUGAUGAAAGAUAAAGAAGAAAAGCUCAUUAAUAUGUAUCAAGAUAACCAACAGCGUGCGCUCAACCGUGUCCAGUCUAAAGGCAUGGCAAGGGAAUUCUUUCGAGAGCGACGUGAAAUGGAAGCGAAUGGCAACUUGAAUAAUAUGCCGUCCAUUAAUCAGCAUUAUCAGCAGAAGCGAAAAGAAAUUGUGGCACCCAUUAACUAUAACUCACCAAACAGUACACUUAGUAGACACAAUUCGAUUGGUUUUAACAACAGCCAAAGACAACAAUAUCCAGGUAAUCAACGACAAAACUCAGGUGGUCAGCAUGGUUACAAGAAAAGAUACCAGAAAGUGUCCAGUGCAGGUCGAGAUAAAUCCAACCCCCUAGCACCAAUAGAGCGUACAGAUUCACAUGAAAAUGACUUUUUCCCAAGAAAACCACAAAUUCAUGGUCGACCACGAACAAAAGACUCGGAGAAGAGGCCAGCAUAUGAAGACCAAAUGCCAAAAAGUGCACCUAUUGAUGAUUUAUCUCAUGGUGACAGCCCGCCGCCGAAUCUAAACAACAUAAAAAAUACUCAGAGACAGAAAGUGAAUGCCUUUGGUUAUGGAGGGCGCCCGCCUAAAGCAACAGCAGCAAAGACCACAAAGAUAUCUGACUUCCAACAAUUCCAGUCAGACAGGGACCAGGAGCGUGCCGAUAGAUUGAGGAGGCACCAGCAGCCACCAGAACGGGGGAUUGGUGGCGGGUUUGAGUAUGAAGACGAGAAGGAGAACGAAUCUGAGGCAAACACACAGCGGGAAACAUCAAUGGAUAUUGAGAAAAAACAGAAAGAGAUCAUGGACAAAAUUGCACGUCAACAGGCAGAGCUUGACCGAAUCAGAAAACAGCGAGCUGCACAGGAGGAAGAGGAAAGGAAAGAAAGAGAAAGGCGUAAAAGGAAAGAAGAGGAGAGACGAAAGAAAAUGAAAGAAGAUGAAGAAAAACGGAGGAGGGAAGAAAAGGAGAGAAGAGAGAUGGAAGAAGAAGCAAAGAAGAAAGCAGAACAGCAUCGCAAGGCACUUGAUCAGUCACGUACAAGAUACGAGAGUCAAUAUCAAGAUAAUGGAAGCGAGGGAUAUUCUUCCCACAUGUCAAGCUACCGAGCAGAACCUACUCCACCUCCACAGCCGAAACCAACGCGCAAGCCAAUCAACCGCCGACCCCCACAAAAGCAAAAUCCCUUAGCUAUGUCUUCCGACAGCGUUCAUGACAGCAAACCCCUACCGUCUGCUCGAGGUGGAAAUCUGAGUUUGUUCGAGCAGGCUGCUCGUAUGGAAGGUGCUUUCGAUACUGAACACAUGAAACAAGUGAAAUGUUCUAACUGUGGUCGUAAGUUCAAUGCUGACAGAAUAGACAAACACAGAGCGUCCUGUGGUAACCUCACAAAGAAACGUAAAGUUUUGGAUGGCACAAAGAUGAGGAUUGAAGGCACGGAAAUGGAGAAAUAUGUAGGAAAGAAUGGUGUCCCCAAAAGACGGGCUCCUUCUGGAAAGAAGGGCAACUGGAGGAAGCAACACGAGGAGUUUGUUAAUAACAUAAGGUAUGCCAGAAAAGUGGCCCAAGUACAGAAGGAGGGAGGUAGUCUUAGUAACUUACCUCCCCCUCCUCCAGCAGAAAAUGCAGACUAUGUUCAGUGUCCUCACUGCAACCGCAGAUACAAUGAAUCAGCAGCAGAACGGCACAUACCUAAGUGUAGGGACAUCAAGGCAAAACCGGCACCGUUGAAAAGAAAGAAAUAGUAGACCCCCGUUGUUUUAGACCCCCGUUGUUUCAAGGGGUCUUGCAUCACCCUUCUCGUUGUUUGACUAGACACCUAUGAAAAGAAGUACCUUUAUCGGUCGUGUGACUUGACAUCUGUGAAUUGAGCAAUGGUGUGGCACUAUUCAUCGCUGUGAGACUUCAUAAUUUGAAUUAAGGGGCUAAAUUAGUGAUUGCGGACUAUUUAGUCUGUGAUUGGAAACCUUUCAAAUAGAGACUGGACGCCUGUGAAAAAUGAAGGCUCGUGGGAUCGUGUAGCACCCCAUAUCUGCUUUGUUUUCAUAAGAUACCUUUUAAAAUCCUCGUAAAAUAAAAUAAUCGCAUGAUUAUGUAAAGGGAACCGAUACAUAUAAAUGUAUUAUAUUUCCUAUAUAAGAGUGGAUGUUAUUUGCAUACUUGAAUUUACAUGGUGAUUAAUUGGGCUAUAUGUAUAAUUGAAAUGUAUGCAAGGUUGAAUCUCGUAGCUGUAAGAAGGUUUAUAUAACUAUCAAUUCCUAAAUAAAAGGAAAAGUUCCUUAGUCAAUUAUAGAAUCUUUUUAUAAUUCCUUUUUUUCGAUGGCGAUCAAAAUAUUGAAAAGAAAUCAUAUUUCCUUCUUAAAAGAGUUGAUAUCAUUACAUGUAUCAAUGUGUCAGAUUCUGGUGAUUCUGGUAAAAUUAAUGAUGCCCGUAGGUUUUUCCCAAGACUUAGCUGUCUCUAAAGUACUGGGCCCAGUUGUUCAAAAGGAGGUUAGCUUUAUCACUAUUUAACGACAUUUUAUCAACCUUUAAUAAUUCCGUUAAUAAAAAAGGUAAAAUCUCACAAUUUUGCAUGUAAAUUCACUCUAGUAAAUAAAUGAUAUCUGAAAAGUUAUAAUUAAUUCAAUUGUUGCGUUUUUAAAUCACACAAAAAUUGAAAUUUGUGCGAAUCACUAAUUAAGCUAAUCACCUUUAGAACAACUGGGCCCUGGUGACCGGUUGUAGGAACCAAUUGCAUCACAGAGUGAACAAUUGGCUAUAAAGACAAACUAAAGUGCUCAAUACUUGCUACAAUCAGCCUAUUGAUAAUGUAGUCCUAUAUAUAUUUAUAUUUCUUUAGUUUACAGUACUUGCUGUAUAAUU